AUGGCAAUACCAGAAGAUGCUCCCGAAGCCACUGGCAAACGCUUUGGAAACCUGAACCUCUCAAUCACAGGAAUAGGAAUAGAAUACCCUGUCCACCUCCUCGAUGCAAAGGCAUUAGACACCCUUUGCCAGCGCCACUAUCCCGACUCCCCAGCCUUGACCAAAAUCCGCAUGAUAAACAAAUACACAGGCAUCGACACCCGCUCUGCAAUCGGUACCGUCGACCACCCCAUGGCCAACAUGUCGCGCGCCCCUACCAUAAACGAACUAUGCGCCAUCUUCCUCAAAGACGGCGUUGCGCUCGCUGUGACCGCCGCUCAAAAAGCUCUCCAUGAAGCGAACCUCUCUCCUGCAGAUAUAACACACGUCGUUUCAACUACUUGUACAAACAGCGCGAACCCGGGUUUUGAUCAUUAUGUUUGCAAGGCACUGGGUAUUACACAGCCGGUAGAGAAAGUGCUAUUACAUGGAAUUGGCUGUAGUGGUGGACUUGCGAGUUUAAGGACGGCUGCGAAUUUGUCGCUGGGAAGUUCGUUUAUGGGGCGCAGAGCGAGGGUGCUUGUUGUGGCCUUGGAGAUUUCUAGUCUGCUGGUAAGGAGUGAGCUGGAUAGUGCGGCGGAGCUGCAGGAAACGAGGAUAGGUAUUACGCUAUUCAGUGAUUGUGCGAGUGCGCUGGUGCUCAGUAAUGGGAUUGGUGGGGAGAGCGAGGAGGAGCCGGUAUACGAGUUGCUGGGGUGGGAUCAUAGGAUUAUUCCAGACACGGAACAGGAUUUGGGGUUCGAUGUUGAUCCUUUAGGUUGGAAAGUCGUUCUGUCCCCCCGUGUCCCAGCUCUAACCGGCUCCGUCGUCGCCCCCGCCUUCUCCUCCCUCCUCGCCUCCAUCCCCUCGCUUCCCCCAGACUACGCCGCCGCCUCUGACUUCGACUGGGCUUUGCACCCAGGCGGAGCCACCAUCCUCACAGGUGUCGAGCGUGUAAUGUCCAUAACACCCGAGCACAUGCGCGCCAGCUACGACACGUAUAUCAAGCACGGCAACUCAUCCUCCGCGACGAUCAUCUCGGUCUUGGAUCGGCUGCGGCAGAAGGAUAUGGAUGAUAUGGCGCCAGGAGGAAAAGUGAAGGAUUUUGUGAUUGGCUGUGCCUUCGGACCCGGGAUAGCGAGUGAGAUGUGUGUGUUGAAGAGGAAUCUAAGGCACGUGAGGAGGGAAUUUGCUGGGGAAGUCACGCCGCCGCUUACAGACCCUGAACCCAGUGAAGGUAGCGAGGUAGAAGGAGAUGACCUUGAGAAGGAAGUUGAAGGCGUCAAGAAGCAAACAGAGGAAUUGAGCGCAAAACUCGAGACGGUAUGUCCGCAAGUCCCCGAACAAAACGAGGAACUUGGACAAGAGAAAUUUGAAAAGGGGAGUUUGGAGGAGGCGUUGAAUGGCAUUGAUCUGGACUGA